AUGCACCAGCUUUAUCUCCACUACCUCUCUUGCAAGGGCAACUGGGAGAAGUGCUCCUUAGUGGUGUCCGUCCGCAAGCAGUUUGAGAGCUCAUUCCGUGAAACUUUUGAGUUCUGGGAUUACAAGAAAAUGAAAGAAGUGUUGGGGGAAGCGUUGGCUGAUGACUUGGUUGAUCGACAUAAGAAACAAGAAGAAAAGAAUCCUGACUUCCCGAACAAUGAGCUGCUUUGGCGGUACAAAAACUUUGCAGGAGUGGUUGAGGAGAAGACCAAACGUGUCCAACAUGAAGCCCAGUUGUCGGCAGAAGCCACUGUUGAUGAGGAAGAUUUCAUGGAGAAUAUGAUACUUUUCUGA